GAACCUGCCGCACGGAAGUGGAGCGACUCUGGCAGGCCGAGUGCUGCGGGCAGCGUGUGCGGCCGGGGUAGCCAUGGGGCGGCGGGCGCGGAGCCGACGGGUCCCGCAGCAGCGGCCCGAGGGCGCCGGGGAGGACGGCGGGAGGCGCGGCGACGCGGGCUGGGAAGGCGGCUACCCCGAGAUCGUCAAGGAAAACGAGCUGUUCGAGCGCUACUACCGCGAGCUCGGCAUCGUGCCGGCCGGCGAGUGGGAGCAGUUCAUGGGCGCCCUGCGGCAGCCGCUGCCGGCCACGCUGCGGAUCACCGGCUACAAGAGCCACGCCAAGGAGCUCCUGCAGUGCCUGAAGAGCAAGUACUUCAAGGAGCUGGAGGACCUGGAGGUGGACGGGCACAAGGUGGAGGUCCCGCAGCCCCUGAGCUGGUACCCGGAAGAGCUGGCCUGGCACACAAACUUGAGUCGCAAGAUCCUCCGGAAGUCUCCGCAGCUGGAGAAGUUCCACCAGUUCCUGGUCAGCGAGACCGAGUCUGGAAACAUCAGUCGUCAGGAAGCCGUCAGCAUGAUCCCCCCGCUGCUGCUCAAUGCUCACCCUCACCACAAGAUCUUGGACAUGUGUGCGGCCCCGGGAUCCAAGACCACUCAGCUGAUCGAGAUGCUCCACGCUGACAUGACGGUCCCCUUCCCAGAGGGCUUCGUGAUCGCCAACGACGUGGACAACAAGCGCUGCUACCUGCUGGUGCACCAGGCCAAGCGCCUGGGCAGCCCCUGCAUCAUGGUGGUGAACCACGACGCCGCCAGCAUCCCGCGGCUACAGAUGGACGUGGGCGGCCGGAAGGAGGUCCUCUUCUACGACCGUAUCCUGUGCGACGUCCCCUGCAGCGGUGACGGCACCAUGAGGAAGAACAUCGACGUCUGGAAGAAGUGGAGCACCUUGAACAGCCUGCAGUUGCAUGGGUUGCAGCUGCGCAUCGCCACGCGGGGCGCGGAGCAGCUGGUGGAGGGCGGCCGCCUGGUGUACUCGACCUGCUCUCUCAACCCUGUGGAGGAUGAGGCCGUCGUCGCCUCCUUGCUGGAGAAGAGCGAAGGUGCUCUGGAGCUGGCGGACGUGUCUUCCGAGCUGCCGGGUCUCAAGUGGAUGCCGGGGAUCAUGCAUUGGAAGGUGAUGACCAAGGACGGACAGUGGUUCUCAGACUGGGAGUCCGUCCCCCACAACCGCCACACGCAGAUCCGGCCCACCAUGUUCCCGCCCCAGGACCCACAGAAGCUGCAGGCCAUGCACCUGGAGCGCUGUCUGCGCAUCCUGCCCCACCAUCAGAACACCGGAGGCUUCUUCGUGGCCGUGCUCGUGAAGAAGGCGCCCAUGCCGUGGAACAAGCGUCCCCCGAAGCUGCAGGGGGUGUCCACGGAGCCCCGAGAAGUUGCACGGCCCCCCCAGCCAGCGGACCCCCCGGGGGGGAACGCCAUGGACCCUUCCCAGCUGGAGGAACAGCCAGGUGCUGGAGUAGGGGACCCAGAAGCAACGGAAAGGAUGGAGCCCGUGGAGAGCUAUGGGGCCAGGAAGGACGGUGUGUGUGGCCCUCCGCCUUGUAAGAAGAUGAAGUUGUUUGGGUUUAAAGAAGACCCGUUUGUGUUUAUCCCUGAAGACGACCCCUUGUUCUCCUCCAUCCAGAAGUUCUAUGCCCUGGACCCGUCCUUCCCGAGGAGCAACGUGCUAACGCGCACGACGGAGGGGAAGAAGCGGCAGCUGUACAUGGUGUCCAAGGAGCUGCGCAACGUGCUGCUCAACAACAGCGAGCGCGUCAAGGUCAUCAACACUGGCGUCAAGGUCUGGAGCCGCAACAGCGGUGGGGAGGACUUCGGCUGCGCCUUCCGGCUGGCCCAGGAGGGCAUCUACACACUGUACCCCUUCAUCAAGUCAAGGGUCGUCGGCGUGUCCGCGGAGGACGUGAAGGUCCUGCUCACCCAGGAGAACCCAUUCUUCCGGAAGCUGAGCAGCGAGGCCUUCAGCCAGGUCAAGGACCUGGCCAAGGGCAGCGUGGUCCUUAAGUACGAGCCGGACCCCACGAAGCCCGACACCCCGCAGUGUCCCAUUGUGCUGUGCGGCUGGCGGGGGAAGGCCUCCAUCAGGACGUUUGUGCCCAAGAGUGAGCGACUGCAUUACCUCCGCAUGAUGGGGCUGGAGGCCGAGGAGAGGAGGCGGGGGCCGGGCAGGGACGCCGCUGGUGGGGACAAGGCCAACGGAGACACUGCUGAUGGGGACAUGGCCGACGGAGACACUGUUGGUGGGGACACGGCCGACGGAGACACUGCUGAUGGGGACACGGCCAACGGAGACACUGCUGAUGGGGACAUGGCCGACGGAGACACUGCUGAUGGGGACACGGCCGAUGGAGACACUGCUGAUGGGGACACGGCCGACGGAGACAUUGCUGAUUCAGAUACGACCGACGGGGACACAGCCGGCCAGGUCACUGCUGGCCCCGAGCCAGGGGAGGCUGCAGUGAGUUCCCAGCCUGUGGCCAGAGAGGUCCCCACCCGACCAGAGGAUGCCUCCGGGGCCCCCUUUGACCCCUAGGCCAGACCUGGAGUGCUCAGCUGCGAGGACUGGGCAUUCCAGCAGGCGGAGGCCUCGGCGGGGAGGGUGCUCCUCUCUGCAGAUGCAGCAGCUGCCCCUGGGCUCAAGCAGGUGCUAGGUGCUGGGUGUUUCGGCUUGACCCGGUGUCUGCCCUUGGCCUCCUGGCCCACUGUGUCUUCACCGCUAUUCAUGGAAAGCCGGGACCCGUCUCGGGUGACUCGGUGACUCUGUGCCUUUGCAACGAGGGCAAGGCUGAUGCCCAACCCCACGCCCCACGCCGGGGCUCGGAGCUCUGCUGGGAGCACUUUGCAAUCUGGCUUUUUUAAUGGGUUGGGGAUCCAUGGACCGUUCAAUAAAAGGGUUCUCCAUGGAA